AACGCUGAAGGAGCAGGAAGCUCCUCCCAUUUUUCAAGGCCUCCCCCAACAUUUAAAGCACUCUGACUGCCUCUGAGCCCACACCCAACAGAGAAAACUAUCCUGUAGAAGGGACAGCACCAAAAGGCAAAAGAAAGAAGACCAUGGCGAAGAAGGUGGCUGUGAUUGGAGCUGGGGUCAGUGGCCUGGUCUCUCUGAAGUGCUGUGUGGACGAGGGACUGGUGCCCACUUGCUUUGAGCGGACUGAAGAUAUUGGAGGGCUGUGGAGGUUCAAAGAAAAUGUUGAAGACGGCCGAGCAAGUAUCUAUCAAUCUGUCAUCAGUAACACGAGCAAAGAAAUGUCCUGUUUCAGUGACUUUCCGAUGCCUGAAGACUUUCCAAACUUCCUGCACCAUUCUAAGCUCCUGGAAUACUUCAGGAUUUUUGCCAGAAAGUUUGAUCUUCUAAAAUAUAUUCAGUUCCAGACAACUGUCCUCAGUGUGAAAAAACACCCAGAUUUCUCAUCCUCGGGCCAAUGGGAGGUUGUCACCGAGUGCAACAGCAAGAAGCAAAGCGCUGUCUUUGACGCAGUUAUGGUUUGCAGCGGCCACCACAUCCUCCCUCACAUGCCGCUGGAAUCGUUUCCAGGUAUUGAGAGGUUCAAAGGCCAGUAUUUCCAUAGCCACCAAUACAAGCACCCAGGGGGACUUGAAGGGAAACGGAUCCUGGUGAUUGGACUAGGAAACUCAGCCUCAGACAUUGCCGUUGAGCUGAGUAAGAAGGCUGCUCAGGUAUUUGUCAGCACCAGACACGGUUCCUGGGUCAUGGGUCGGAUCUCUGAAGAUGGCUACCCCUGGGACAUGGUGUUCCACACCCGGUUUAGGUCCAUGCUCCGAAAUAUCCUGCCACAAAUGAUUCGAAAAUGGAUGAUGGAACAGCAGAUGAAUCAGUGGUUCAACCAUGAAAAUUAUGGCCUUGAGCCUCAAAACAAAUAUCUUAUGAAAGAACCUGUACUAAAUGAUGAUCUUCCAAGUCGUAUACUCUACGGAGCCAUCAAGGUGAAAGCGACAGUGAAAGAGCUCACGGAAACUUCUGCCAUCUUUGAAGAUGGAACAGUGGAGGAGAAGAUUGACGUCAUUAUCUUUGCAACAGGAUAUACUUUCUCUUUUCCAUUCCUUGAAGAUUCACUUGUGAAAGUAGAGGAUAAGAUGGUCUCACUGUAUAAAUACAUGUUCCCUCCUCACCUGGAGAAGUCAACUCUGGCAUGCAUUGGUCUCAUCCAACCCCUAGGUUCCAUUUUCCCAACUGUUGAACUUCAAGCUCGAUGGGCAACCAGGGUUUUCAAAGGUUUGUGUACCUUGCCCUCAGAGAGGACUAUGAUGGCCGACAUUAUCCAGAGGAAUGAAAAAAGAAUCAAUCUGUUUGGAAAGAGCCAGAGCCAGACGCUGCAGACCAAUUACAUCGACUACUUGGACGAGCUCGCCUUAGAGAUAGGUGCGAAGCCAGACAUCCUGUCUCUCCUGCUGAAAGACCCCAAACUGGCUGUGAAGCUCUAUUUUGGACCCUGCAACUCCUACCAGUACCGCCUCACUGGGCCCAGGCCGUGGCAGGGAGCCAAGAGUGCCAUCCUCACCCAGAAACAACGGAUACUGAAGCCUUUGAAGACCCGGGCAGUAAAAGCUUCUCCGGAUUUCCCGGUUUCCUUCCUGUUGAAAACCCUGGGGCUUCUUGCUAUUGUCGUGGCCUUUGUUUUCAGCUUCAGUGGUUCUAAUCUGUCAGCAUAAAGCUUGUGACUUUACUAUCAGCCAGUUCCUAUUAAAAA